GAUAGUAUUGUGAGCAUAAGUGGAAUUCAUACGUAACUGGGAAUGUUACAUAAGGGCACUUUAGUGUAGGUCUGCCUGUGCAAGUUCCAGUGAUCGCACACAGACAAGAACCUGGUACAAGCACUCAGACGGCCAGGUUAUAAAGAUAGAAAUAAGGCGAAAAGAAACACAUUUUACAGUGACUGAAGCAGUUCAGGAGGGAUUGUUUUUGGGAGAGCCUACUGAGAGAUUCUUGCUUUUGGAUUCAGAUGUUGGAGAGGAUUUAGGCUGAAAACCACAAAGAAUCAAGAGGAGACAAAACCUAAAGAUUCCUGCAGACACGGAAACAAGGAAGAGAUAAUGAGAGAGUGACCAGGAUGUACACACAGUGAUUGUGGGCCUGACAAUCAAGCAGGAAGAGCUCUGCACACAGUUGGAAUUUAUGGUGUACAAAAGCAAGUCAGACGUGAAUGUUUGACAAAGGACCAAAAGCCAGCUGAGAGAGGAACUGCAGAAGACAGGAUUUCAGGAAGAACCACUGUACUGGCCUCAUUUGAGCCAUUUCACAGUCGAAUUUUGGCUUCUGGUUCUUUGUUUUUCUCAAGCAAACUUUUGACAGCGUCAGUCAUGUCAGAGGAGGGACAGUUGUCCUACAGCGAAGCCAUUCAGAAGGCCAGCGCCUCCAUCACUCGCUUCCCUCUCAUCCCUGUCAGAGGAGUUCCUCUCAUGAGCUACAUCGCCAAGAACUGGGACUCCAUCUGGGAUUUCCGUCCUGACCCCUCAGACCUCCUCAUCGCCACUUACCCUAAAGCAGGGACCACGUGGACCCAGGAAAUAGUUGACCUGCUUCUUCACAACGGAGAUGCUGAAGUCUGCAAACGAGCCCCCACACCUGUCCGCAGUCCUUUCCUAGAGAUCUGCUCCCCACCACCCAUCCCCUCAGGCCUUGAUCUUCUGAAGAAAAUGGAUCCCCCAAGAGUUAUCAAGACACAUCUUCCUUUUCAGUUGGUGCCUCCUGGAUUUUGGGAAAACAAGUGCAAGGCUAUUUACGUGGCACGCAAUGCCAAAGACAACAUGGUGAGCUACUACUACUUUGAUUGUAUGAAUCUGACCCAGCCUGAGCCAGGGCCGUGGGAGGGUUACAUCCACAAGUUCAUGCAAGGAGAGUUGUCAUGGGGGUCCUGGUAUGACCAUGUGAAAGGUUACUGGGUGGAGAGAGAGAAGAGGAAUAUCCUUUACCUCUUCUAUGAGGACAUGAAAGAGAAUCCUCGCCGUGAAGUGGAGCGCAUCAUGAGGUACCUGGACUUGUCGGUGUCUGAUGAGGUCAUCAGCCGAAUUGUGGAGCUCACGUCCUUUAAGAACAUGAAGGAGAACCCGAUGGCCAACUACUCCUGCGUGCCAGCACCUGUUUUUGAUCAGUCCAUAUCUCCCUUCAUGAGAAAAGGUGAAGUAGGUGAUUGGACAAACCAUUUCACACCCGAGCAAUCAAAGAUGUUUGAUGAAGACUAUGAAAAGCAAAUGAAGGAAGUGAAUAUACCAUUCAGGACCCUCAUCUAACAGAUUUUGGGUUUUCCAAAUUGAUGCAGCUCUGCAAACCAAAGACCGAUGAACUGACACUGUGCAGCACUCAGAGGGCAGAAAUACUGACAGAAAAUUUGACACAAGCGAAAAACCAAAACAAUGAAUGAAUUAAAAUACAUUUGUUUGACUCACUUCUGAAGCCUGGAUGUUAAACACUGUAAUCAGUGCACCUCCUGAUGUGUAGAUAGAGGAAAAUCAUCCAAGUGUGUGUUUAAAGGAUCAAUAAAAAUGUGCGCCACAAUACAA